UCAUGUGGCAUUUACAUGUAUCCAAUUCACAAUAUAUAGCACUACACUAUAGAUUUACAGCAAUAUAGUAGAUGUUCCUAGCCUGGAGUCCAGCCUUGUUGUGCUUUAGUCCACUCCCAACGGUGGCUACCCCGUCAAUGCCAUGGGGUAGCGACCUUUGGGAGCGAACUAAAGCACAAGGUUGGACUGCAGGCUAAGAUGUUCCUCUUUGUAAAGUGUAAUAUCUGACAUGGCCACUGUAUAAUGCUUUUUCUCACAUAUAUUAUUGAUAAUUCAUUUUGUGGAUUAUUUCUUUCAGGUUGAUCCACAAAGGGCUGAGGACAUGGACUUUUCGCACCCUAAACAUGGAGUCCAGAUCAAGAAGGCGCGCCGGAAGCCGCAGUGUGAUGUGCCACCACUCAGUGAAGAAGAGGUCGCUUCUGCUUUCUCACAACUGAGGAAGCUGUGUCCCACUGCCAGUGCUGUCAUUAAAGAGGAGGAGGACACAGACACAGCAUCAGAAGAUGAGUCAGAUGUCAACACAGAGACGCUUCCCCCUGUGGUAUACAGGUCUUGUCAUCCAGCCAAAGUCCCUGUUACUAGUGUUAGUGUAGACAGCAUCCUUGAGGAUGUUCGGUGCAACCCCGAGCAAAUCACAAACCUCAACAAAGCUACAGUGGGGCAGUCCAAGUCUGCUUUAUGGCGUCAGCAACGCAAGGGUCGUGUGACUUCUACAUCCAUGCAUGAUGUCCUUCAUGCAUCAAACCCCACCACUGCAGUACGGAAGGUCAUGCAAUAUGACUGCAAGGAUUUGAGCCAAGUUCCAGCUAUACAAUGGCUGGCUCCAGCCACUUUUCCUAUUCUGAGGAACUUGGACCAGUAA